UGGCAACCGAGCCGGGCCAAGCGGCCUUGCGCUGCGCCGCCCGAAGAGAGCCAUGGACGCGGCCCACCGAGCCGCCCUGCUCGCCGCCUCCUGCCUCCACACGCCGGUGGACCCCCGCACCAGGGCCCCGGUCGCGCUUUACGAGAGGGAGGGCGGAAGGCCCGCGCCGGGGGGCGGCGAGCGGCAGGUAGGCCGAAAGCGGGGGGAGGAGGCUGCCCCCUGGUGGCCGCGGGAGGGAACGGCAGGAGGAGCCUUAAGGUCUAUUAUACACACUCGCACACAUGCAAUAACCGCAAAGAAAGAAAAAUAAUAAUGAACAAUGUUCCCACCCAGUAAUUAGCAGGCUACUAUUUUGUCAAAGAGCAGGGAGGGGGAUUAGGCUAGAUGGAAGUUAAAUCUUCUUAUUGUUUUUGUUUAUUUAUUUAUUUCGCACAAUUUAUACACCGCUUGAUUGUUAAAAACCUCAGAGCUUUUUAGAAAAGAUAAAACAAUAAAAUCGAGAAAAAUUCACAACCAUAGUUUAAAACCUGCAGAAGUUAAAAUACUGAAACAGAUUAAAAUUACCUGAACUUUCUAAGCACCUGGGUAGGCUUGUCUAAACAAAUUUUUUAAUCUAUUUUUUAAGCUUAAAAAGGUAAAGGUAAGCUUGCUAGUUGCUUUUUACCCAGAAGAUUGCCAAGUGACUUACAGCCAUGGACACAAUGCCGUAAGAGAAGGGAAAAUAUUGGGCCAUGGGGCCAAUGUAUACAUCAAUACAUUGUCUAAUGUAACAUGUAUGAAAAAAUAAAAGCAACACAGCCACCAUGUAAAUAACUAGGAGAAAUCAGCAACCAAAGCUUUUCCAGCUGUGUUUGCAAUGAUUGGAAAUCACAAAUGCUAGCAGCUAAGAAAAACAGUUGUUAAACCAAAUAUGCUUAAUAAGAAAGAAAGAGAAACACUGAAAGAUUGACAACUCCUCUCAAAAUCACCCAUGCUUGUGCCUUGAAUGAGUGCCGGAUUGGCACACAUUUAACCAGCAGUGUUUGUAUUAGCACAAUGAAAACUCUGCGAGUGAAACAUGUGCCUCUUGUGCACUUUUGCUUUAAACAGAGGUGGCAGGUCUUUCUGAUGUUGGGAGUAACCAUGACAUUUUUUAUAUGCUGGGCUGAAAAUGCUGACAGUCGGAUAUUGCUGUAGGUCCAGUUUUGUUCUGUAUGAGUGGAAGUGGUGCCUUGCCAGGCUGUGCUAAGGUCUGCCUUUCCUCUCUGGCAAUCAGGAGAGUGCAUAUUGUAAAGUCUGUGUGUCUUUGUGUAUGAUGAAUUAGGCUCUAUGACACAUGGGUCGUCUUCCUGCCUCCCCUCUUUUCUGCUGCCAGUCAUGUCACUGGGCUGUCACUUAGAACAAGAAAGGUGGCAGACUGAAAACCUGCUGUUUAAUGAGUAGUAGUGUUCUAAGAAUAAAAGCUUGCACUUUUAAAUUUGUCAACUGCAAAGGUAAUAACACUGCAAGCUUUGAAACAUUCUAAAUUCUUUAACUUCCAUGCUUUUUUAACAAUCAAGUGGUAUAUAAAUUGUAUGAAAUAAAGGAAAACCGAUGGAAUCAAUUCUAAAUGGUUUUACUUCUCUUAUUGCAUUUUGAUUGAAGACAUUAGCAUAGGUAAUGUUUCUGAGAAUUUGCAAGUCUCAAAUACUAUAGGAACCAGAUGGUAUUUGUAUACGAAGCCUACACAAAUCUCUUAAUGAGCUUUACAUCAAAGGAGUCAAAAUGAGUUUACGUGCAGCUAACCAGAAAGGUACAUAGUGUUGUAGUACAGCUGUUGCUGAAAUGCAAUUAUUCAUUUGAAAUUAGAAAUAAAAAUGGAUUUAAAUGUUUAUUACAGUUGAGCAACUUUGGCUACAGGAUGAUGUCAUGCGGAUUGGACCCUACUUUUACCAUGUCUCAGCAGUUUUCAGUGCUGAGAGACGCCAAGUUCCACAGUUUGUGGCACCUACCACUUGACCAAAUUAUUAGCAUUUUAUACUUAUUUCUCCAAGGGGAAUGAAAUCAUUAUAAUAAUAUUCUGUUUUAGGAUAGUUUGAGUCCUGAGAGACAGCAGCGUUCUACUGGACAUGCCAAUUGCAGAGACUGGAUAGACCUCUCCAAAAUGUACCUUUCGAAUCAAGAAUAUUAUUUAAAGCUGGAAGAGCUUAAGUACGCUCACCUGGAGACCAUGGCAAAAUUGGAAAACAUGUAUCGGAAUAAACUGUAUCUAAAAGAUGUUCAACCUUUAACAAAUGUGGAUGUGACCCACAGUAUGAAUGAUAGGUAUGGUUUAUAAUCUAUUUUUGUAGUAUUAUUUCUCUGAAGAUGUUAAAUAUUGUAGUUACAGGCAGCAACCCUUUUAGGGGUUGACACGUGAUUGCUGACAUGCAGGUCUUUUGGACCUGGAAGAGGGCAGAACAGGGGGGACAGGGCAUAAUGGGGUGGGGUGUGCUUAUGUGUGCUCUGCUGACACACGCAGGGGCCAGGAACGGAGCCCCUGCAUGAAAUAGUUGCUGCCUGUAUAUUAUGGAGGAAUCUGCAUGCAGAUAAUCUCACCAAAACUGUGUUUUAUAUACUAUAUGCCAACAGCUUAAUUUUUUUAAACUGCUGAAGAACCUUCAGUUCUAGAUUUUUGUAUCUGGCCGCACUUGUCUCCCUGCAGGUAACUCAGAAAGAACAGCUGAACAAGGAAGAAAACUGAGUAUUGUGUGUGUGUGUGUUUCUUGCCUUGAUUUGUUUUAAAAUAUCAUUAAUUGUAGGAUAAACUCCUUAAUCCUGCUGAAAACGUCAGGUUAUAUAUAGAUAUAUAUAGAUAUACAUACAUAUAUACAUGUUGGAAGGUAAUUAUUUAACUUUCAGAGUUACCGAGUGUGUAACACUGCUAAUUGCUUAACUAUGCUUAAGCAAUUGGGAGUGCAGGAUUGCAUCCACUUUCUUCCCCACUCGAUCCUUUUGGACUGGGGUGUAAAUUCUUCCUAGGGAUUUAGCACCAAUUAACUAUUACGUCGGAUGGUGGCAUUAUCUGAUGCUAAGACUAACCAGGCUUCCUGCUUACAUCAGAAUCUGAAGCCAUAGCUUAGGACAGUAAUACUGAAAUGGGACUGAAAUGAAAUUUUGGGAACAUAGUAUGCGGCUUUAAUACCAACUCAGUCCAUUGAUUCAUCUAGCCCCAUAUUGCCUCACUGACUGGGAUCAGCUCUCCAGAGUUUCCAGUUGGCUUCUUUCCCAGCAACACCUGAAAAUUCCAAUGACUGAACCUGGGACAUUCUGCAUGCAAAGCAGAGGCUCUGCUAAUGAGCUGUGGCCUGUCUCCCUAUUCAUAGUAACAAAGUACUUUUGCAUAGGGUUUUCCAAAGGUUUUAGAACACUGCAGAUACUCCUUAGGAAGUGCCUUCUAAAAUUAAUUUUCAGUUUUGCUAAUAGGAAUACUUCUUAUUUUUACUUCUAUUCUCUGUCUUACAGGAGACCAGUGAUGUGAGUUCUGAUUGCAGACAUAAAGCUAACAUCCAGCCUAUGGUUGCUUGGUCCUAACACAAAUAUUUCACUAAACUGUACAUUUUAUCAUAAGGAACAAAUUCAGUUUGGGGAGAGCUCUUUUUCAGGCUUCUGGUAACAAAGGCGAUGAGCUGGGACACAACCAGUAUAGCCCAACCUUCUAUACUGGUGGGAUUCUUUAGACUUGAAAUGCUCCUCCAUUCUGUUAUUCAUCAAAGCAGUCUGGUUAUAUUUUGCUGCUUGCAGAAAACUAACCUUCACAUUUUUAUUUCCUUUUAGAUCUUGGGAGCCAAGCCCUUUUCAGCCUCAGAAUAUGUGUAAAUCAUUUUCUGAGCCUGAUUUGAACAAUUUUUUUCAUUCAGAUUUAUCUCAUAUAUCUGAUAAAGAAAUAGAGUUAGAAGAAAAUGACAGUGAAAACAGAUCACUAACAUUUGGUAAGGAGCAUACUGAAAAUUCAUGGGAUAGAUCAUCUUUGGAGGACUAUUCUCACUGCAACCAAAGUAUUUUAUCCAAAUUACAGACUUUAAGGAAGAGCAGGAGGAAGAAAAAAAAGUGGUCCCCAAAGAUCACAAUACCUGAGCCUUUCCAGAUGACUAUCAGAGAAGCUAAGAUAAAACAACAGAACAUAAAGUCAAAGUCACUGAUUGAACUGGAAAAUAACUUGCUGAAGAAAGAAUUGGAGGAGGAAGCAGAAUGUCAAAAGAAAUUCCGAGCCCAUCCAGUGCCUGCUCAUGUCUUUUUCCCUCUCUAUCAUGAUAUUAUGCAGCAAAAUGAAGAACGUAGAAAGUCACUAAGAGAGAGGAGGCGAGAGAUCCUUCUAGCUACACAAAAGCCGUUUCAGUUUAUUGAGCGGGAAGCACAAAAGAAAGAAAUGAAGAAAAUGCAGUUGAAGGACGUUUCUUCACCAGAAAAGAAAGCAAAAGUAUUCAAAGCAAAGCCAGUUCCUAAAUUUGUUUAUAGUUCAGAAAUUAAUGAGAAGCUAAAGGAGGAAGAGCUUUAUAGAGAUAUUAGAAUUCAGAUGAGAUCAGAAGAACUUCUGCGCAAUUCAUCUCUUCCUAACAGUAGGUUAGGAAACAGGGGCAUUAAUAAGAAUAGGCAGCAAAAUCAUCUUGAGCUGACUAAAGAAGUGGAACACAAACCAAAGACCAAAGCCAAGGUCCCAGAUUUUGAAAUUUUACAUCAAAAAUUCCUGAAGCGGCUUCAGAGACAGAAGAAUGUGAAACACAUUACAGCCUGUGAACCCUUCAAUCUCUGUACACCAAAUAUAGCAUCCAACAAAGAGAAAAUUCUUGAGGACAUUCAAAUGGAUGAAGAAAAAUUAAAGGAAACACGCUGGCCCUAUGCUUCUUCAAGAGCUAAGCCUCAAAUGAGGUCUUUGAAUGCAAAUUCAUCUCCUUCAGGCUGUGAAGAAUCUGUAUCUCCAAGAAUUACAGAAUCUACAAGACGACGACUACAAGCAGUCAGGUGAGCUGUUCACAGGCCUGGACUGAUGUAAUUGUCGUUAGUUUAAUUUCAAGUUGCUUGUGGAAAAUAAAACCAUGUUGAUGCAAUAAGGUACUAAAUACUUGUUUUAGUUAAUCGCUGCAUAUCUUAAGUGAAGUUAAAACUAUGAUCCACAUGGGAUUAAUAAAACUAUUAUUCUCUGUUUAUAAUGGUUUUACUAAUUGCAUGUGGAUAUUUUUUUAUAUAAGUAAUUUUUAUUGGUUUUCGUAUCUGUUUAACAACAAAUAAGUAGACAACUAAACAUAAUCAUGUUAAUCAUAUUAAUUUUGGUUUUUUUGAUAAUGAAAUAUGAAGAUUAUCUUUGAUUGCGUGAAAUUCAUGCUAUUUUGGAGAGGAAUUCAGUAUUGCAGUAAGGCAAUCAUUUCAUCAGAGCUAGCAUUUCAGAUGAAAUGAACCCCCCUUUCCUUCCUCCAUGUGCUGUUCUGGGGCUUUCAGGGAAUGGGGGCGGGGCGGGGGGGGGGAAGUCCUUCUUCUCCCCAUAAUUGUUUUAAGCUACACUCCAUUGUCAGCAGCUGAUUUUGCGUCCCCUCUUCCCAGAUCUUGUGUCUGGUGUUGGGGCACCAGUCACUUUGCCCUAGUUACACAACUGACAAGACCAAGGGGGCCAACCAUUUCCUGAGUUCAGUGUUCUGAUGUAGUGGUUGUAGCAAUGGAUGUCUCCAGAGAACUGUGGAUGGAUGGUUGGCUAUGUUCUCUUUUAGGGCAAGGAAACCAUCUUUGAUUAGUCUCACGGUGGAGUAUUAGAGGAAGUACAUUGUUACAUUGCAUGUAUGUCUGAACUCACAUGCAUGUCCCACACUCGUGUAUUCAUACACACGCUACUGAGAGGUUUAGGAUCCUUUGAUAGAGUUAUGAUGUGCGUCCGUUGUGCCAACAAGAAGUUCCUACACCAGAGAUGUAUUAUAUGAAAUGAAAGUGUCAGAAUAGAUAAAUGUUGCUUCAGAAAGCAAAAUUACAAUUUAAGCAGGCAAAGAGUGAGUGAAAGAAUCCUUAACUGUUCUCAAAAGCCUAUAGAAAAUGAGCGCGACAAUUUCACCACAGAACCCACACUAAUAGCAAGUCAAUAAAUGGAGCGGGGGAAGGUAGACUUGUCCUUGAAGCGAAGUAAGAAUUCUUUCUUCGAGCUUGGAGAGCUAACCAACCAUUGAAAACCAUUGUAAAAAUUUUAGCCAAUUCAUUCUAAUGGAGAAGGGAGGGAGCUCUGAGAUGAGCAAUUCCUAUAAUUUUAGUAUUUCUAUUGUUAUGUUGUUCCUUCCCAGAGUUUCCUGCCUAUUUCCCAUUUUCUUUAUUUUGCUUAAUAAAACGUUGAAAGGAUCUAGUGAGCAAUGACUGAACUGUUUAUCCUUGUUUACUUACUAUCUUAAAGUUACCUUACUAUUAUCGUGAUCAUCCAUUCAGGUGUUGAUUAGAUGUUAUUAGUUGCUGCUAGAUUUACACGUGCUGAUAUUUACACAAGGUAUUUGGAGCUCAGGAUGUCUCUUCAGUGCCUUCCAGGACAUAUUUUUGAGAUACGGCUGGUACCAGCAUCAAAAAAGUUCAUAAUGGGGAUCUCCUGUUAUAUUAAGUUAUGCCAACCUUCUUACUCAUUCCAUGAUCUACAAUAAUAAGUCAUAGAAAAAGUUGAGAUGGACACAUACCCAUUCACAUCAUUUUUUAUUAAAUGUAUCACAAGACUUAACAAAAUAUUCCAGCAAUUCAAAAGAAAGAAAGAAAAACAAUUGCGCACAAUCAUGUAUAAGGGUAAAGAAAUAAAACAUAUUUUUAAAUAAUAAAAAAUAAACUUACACAAAAGCGGCAACAUGGCAGUAUUCCAAGACAGGACACAGGCAUCAGAUGAAAUAAUAUUUGGGUGGGAUUUGCCAUCUGUGUGAAGUACAUUACUUCUUGAUCUGUGUAAGUUUAUCCUUGAAAAAUUCUAUAAAGCCUUUUCUCAAUUUAAAUUUAUUUAGUUCUGCUUUAUUUUGUUAUUCAGGGAGUCAGCAGAGGAAAAAAGAAAGGUAGAAGAAGAGAAGAAGAAAAAUAAAACAAAACAAAAAGAAAGAGCAAGAAAGCUACAGAGACUUAUAUACACCCGGGCUGAGGCAAAUGAUCCCCAUCAAAGUCUAGCUCAGAUGCAUAAAUCGAAGUUUAAAAUACUCAGGUAUUCUGCUAUUGUAGCCUCCAAAUCCUGACCCAAUAGGUGCAAGAUCAUUAGUUCCGUAGCAGACCCUCAAAGUGUGUAACAUAGUUUAGUCUUGCUGCUUCUAUUUUUAUUUUGCUGUCAAAGUUCAUGAUUAAAUUCCAUACCAUUUCCAUGUCAUGGUAUAUUAAAAAAAACAGGAAACAUGAAAAGCAGAGAAUGAAAGAAUAUCUCCAGGAGCUGGAAGAAAUGGAAGAAAGAGUGAAAAAGAGGCCGCUGUUGUUGGAACAAGCCACACAGGUGUGAUGGGAUUAUGAGCUGCUUGUGCGUAAAAUCGUAUUCCCUCAGAGUUUGUUCAAGUCCACAAACCUCUGUCUGUGACUGAGCCCCUCUGACAUGGCUCCUCUUAGUCACUAGAAGAUUCCGACAGUGGUUGCUUUCGUAAUCGCUUCCAACAUAAAAGCUCCUUAACGGAAACACGUCUUCUGGACUCUCUGCGUGACAGUUUCCGGCGAGGAGUGGGUGUCGCUACAGGAGGUCCGGAAACCUCACCACUGUUUUCGCUGGAAGUAUCUCUGAGCCAUCCCCCCAGCUCCCUUUCCCUCAGUUCAGCUUCUCUCCCCCUGCUGGUUUCCUCUUCAGCUGCUAAGUCUCUUCCAACCUGUCUGAGCCCUUUCACCUCCCUCAGUUCAGCUUCUCUCCCCCUGCUGGUUUCCUCUUCAGCUGCUAAGUCUCUUCCAACCUGUCUGAGUCCUUUCACCUCCCUUCCUACCGAUGGCAGUUCCCUGACAUCCACCUCCCCUCCAGGGCCCCCUUCACCCCCUCUCGCCCCCUCCUCUACGGGCGGUGAGGAGGCAAAACCCGGAAUGAACUUCCUUCAUCUUCCGAUGUCUCGAACACUUCUCUCCACCUGUUGCGGUUCCUGGUCUCGAAGCACUCCUCCUCCUCCGAGUCCAUCUCCCCUUCCCCUUCCGAUUCUGGGAAUCCUUCCAACUCCUCCUCCUCCUCAGUGGUCCCAAAGUAUUCCCUCCGGAACCUCUCCACAGGCUGAGGUUUCCGCGGGAACCUUUGAUGGAACAUUUCUAUCAAUACCUCGUCAUUGAUAUCUUUGGCCAUUACCCACGUGUUUUCUGACUCCGGUUCUCCUUCCCACGCUACCAAAUACUCCACCUGAUUCCCCUUCCACCUGGCAUCAAGGAUUUCUGCCACAUGACUGCUGCAUUCUCUUUCUUCUAUGACCGGUCCCAGUGGCCAUCCCUUCUCGUCCCCCCUCGUACGGUGACAGUAACGACCUGUGAAAUACUGGGUGCAGUUUCAUGUGGUUGGGUAACCGGAGCCUGAAAGCCACUGGGUUGACCUGUUGAAUGACCUCAAAGGGACCCAACCUCCUGGGUCUUAAUUUCUUACAACCUCCUUUGAGCGGCAGCCCUCGGGUUGACAGCCACACCCUCUCUCCAACCCUUAUGGUUUCACCUUCCCUUCGGUUCUUGUCUGCCUGCCUCUUGUAUUCUUCCUUCGCCCUUUCUAAGUUGAGUUGGAGCUGACGGUGGAUUGCUUCCAUUUCUUCUACAAAAUGCUCGGCUGCCGGUCCGCUCCAUCUCUCCCCUUCUCCCCCUGGGAAAGCCCUGGGAUGACACCCAUAAUUAGCCAAGAAGGGGCUCAUCCCUGUGGACACAUUCUCGGCAUUGUUGUAGGCAAAUUCCGCCAGCGCCAACUUUUCUACCCAGUCAUUCUCUCUGUCAUUGACAUAACACCUCAGGUAUUGCUGGAGGACACCGUUUGCUCUUUCCGCCUGCCCGUUGGUUUCAGGGUGCCGGGCAGUCGAAAAGUUGACCUCCACCUGCAGUAAGCUCAUGAGCUUCCUCCAGAACCUGGAAGUAAAUUGUUUUCCUCGGUCUGAGACCACCCUCAAUGGCACCCCGUGCAACCUAAAAAUGUGUUCUACAAAUAACUUUGCUGUCUCUUCCGCCGUGACUGCAUGCGAGCAAGCUACAAAGUGGCACAUCUUUGUUAGUAGGUCUACCACCACCAUGAUGGCUGUUUUCCCUUUGGACUUCGGCAGAUCAGUCAUAAAAUCUAUCGACACUGCCUCCCAAGGUCGUUCUGGUGUUGGUAAGGGUUCUAAUAGCCCCGCCGGCGCCCGCCUUUCCCCUUUGGCUCGCUGGCACUGCUCGCACCCUCUUACAUACUCACGUACAUCCUCCCUCACCUUAGGCCACCAAAAUUCCCUGGUGACCAACCACAUGGUUUUGUGUUGCCCAAAAUGCCCGCCGUGGGGCUGUCAUGCACCUGCUUGAGUACCCUCCACCUUACGUCUCCUUCAGGGAUAUACAGUGCCCCUUUGUAAUACAAAGCUCCAUUUCUUUCCUCGAAACCCCUUGAUUCCUCUCCCUCAUCCCUAAGACCUCUAAGCUUAUUCUGGGCGUAUUCAUCAUUCUCUGUUUCUUCUACCAGUUCUCUUUGUCCCACCAAUGCCGCCCCACACACCCAGCGGUCCUCUGGAAUGACAUGUCUCUCUUGGUGCUCCCUCCCCUCCAAAUAUUCAGGUUUGCGUGAGAGAGCGUCCGCCCUAAUAUUCUCUGGGCCUGGCACGUAACAAAUCUCAAAGUUAAAUUUGGAGAAUUCCUGAGCCCAUCUCACUUGCCGUUGGUUGAGCACUCGUGCCGUCCUCCAAUACUCUAGGUUCUUGUGGUCAGUGCACACUUGCACCUUAUGUUGUGCGCCAAUUAGCAGGUGCCUCCAUCUCCGGAACGCCUCAUGAAUGGCUAGUAGUUCUCGGUCAUACACCGUGUAGUUCCUCUCGGAUUUGUUCAGCUUUCGCGAAAAAAGCACACGGUCUCCACUCUGACUCCUCCUUCCCUGGCUGGAGAAGCACCGCCCCAACCGCUCUGUCUGAUGCAUCAGUUUCCACUCUCAUCGGUUUUGUAAAUCCACAUGCAGGAGCUGUUGUUCCGAGGCGAAGGCCCUUUUAGUUCCUCAAAUGCUUGCUCCGCCUCCUCCGUCCAAACGAACUUCUUCUUACUGCUGAGACAGUCCGUAAUGGGCGCCGUCAGGUGGGCAAAGUUUGGGAUGAACUUACGAUAGAAGUUCCCAAACCCUAAAAACCUCUGCACAUCCUUCCUUGUUUUGGGUGUUUUCCAUUCCAGUACCGCCUGGACCUUGCCGGGAUCCAUGGCCAGCCCCUUGUCAGACAGGCGAUACCCCAGGAAUUCCACCUCCUUGGUAUGAAACUGACACUUCUCCAGUUUCACCCACAGCUGGUUGGCUUGCAGCCUGCUCAACACUUCUCUGACGUCUCUCACAUGCUGCUCCUCAUUCUCAGAAUACACCAACACGUCGUCUAAGAAGGCCACACAAUUCUUGUAAAGCAACGGCCCCAGGACGUGGUUCAUAAACGAUUGAAAUGUUGCGGAGCCUGCUUGUAGACCGAAGGGCAUAACUAAGUAUUCAAAUGCCCCUAAAGGGGUGAACAUGGUGGUUUUCCAUUCAUCCCCCUUCCUUAUUCGUAUCAGGUUGUACGCCCCCUUAGAUCCAGCUUGGUGAAAAUCUUUCCCUUUCGCACCCUUGUCAAAAUGUCGUCAAUCCUGGGCAUCGGGAAGGCCACUGGUUCUGACACUGCAUUUAAGGCCCUGAAGUCACACACCAGUCUCGGCUUGUUCGUGUUUUUGUCCACAAAAAACACUGGGCUGCCCAACACCGCCCUGGACUCUCUGAUGAACCCUCUCUUCAGGUUCUUGUCAAUGAACUCUCUUAGCUCCUGCAUCUCUCUGUCUGACAUGGCGUACAGCUUGCCCACAGGGAGCUGUGCCCCAGGGAGCAAAUUGAUUUGACAGUCAAAGGCUCUAUGCGGUGGUAGUUGGUCAGCUUCCCUUUCGCUGAAGACGUCGCGGAGAUCUGCGUAUUGUCGUGGUACCUUCACGUUCUCCUUCACUUCAGUCCCUGCUAGGGUGGCUUGGGCCCCUGCCAAAACCUUUCCCUCUUUGCAAUGUUCUAAGCAAUGUGCUGACCCAAAAGAAACCACUCUCUGAUGCCAGCCCACCAGCGGAUCAUGUAACGCUAGCCAGCUCAUCCCCAAUAUAAUGGGAGCUCCUCCCAAGGUGGCCACAUUAAAAGCUAUCAGUUCAGUGUGCCUUGCCACCUUCAUUAUCAUUGGGACGGUCUGCAAGCUGACUUCUCCUCCCAACAGCUCCCUGCCAUCGAUCGUGGUUACCUGCAGGGGUUGCUUAAAGGAGCGUCUGUAUCUGGUGUUCAGCUGCAAACUCUUUGCUCAUGAAAUUGCAGGAGCUGCCUGAGUCCAACAGCGCCUUUAUCUUUAGAGGUGUCCGUUUGGGAGCUCUAGUGUCACUUCUAUCACUAGGGCGGGUUUGGGAGGUUCUGGGUGGGCACUUUCACUGCUCUUUGGCCUGGCUGCUGUGCCCCGACAAUGGCAGCCAGGCGUUGGCUUUUAGUUGCUCCGGUAUUUUUCCUCUCUUCCCUCCACAGCUCCCACCAUCCCUUGCCAUUCCUUCCUCUGGGGGCAGACUCUGGCAAAGUGCCCUGGCUGUUGGCAGAGAUAGCAUUUCCGGGCGCCUUUUCCAUCCUUCUUUCCCCCUCACUGGGCUUUGAAACUGCGCGCGCGCUGCUGUUCCGAUUUCCAUCGGCUCUGCCGGCGGGACAGUUGGCUCUGGAAUUUCUGGAAUGCGGAACUCCUUCCAACGUUCCCCUUUCCCUUCCCUCCUCUCCAAUGCUCUCGCCUCCUGGCGCUCCUAUGGCCAGCGCUGAUUUGGUCAGCUGGUCCAUAGACUCCGCCCUGGGCGCCCGGGAAAGUUCAUCUUUCACAGCCGAAGAAAGCCCUUCUUCAAAGAGCAUUUGAAUGGGUUCCGCCGAUAAGUCCCACCCCAAUCUGUGUAUCAGCAUGGUGAACUCAGUCCAGUACUCACGUACAGAUCGGCUCCCCUGUUUGCAAGCCAUUAACUGUCUGCGCACCACUCCCUUUUCAAUAUCGCUGGAAAACAUCAGAUCCAUGGCGCGAAAGAACUUCAUCGUGUCCUUUAAGACGUCACUAUUAGCUGCCAUCAGGUGUCUAACACAGACUCUCGCCCCCUUAACAAGAUGCCCAAUCACAAAAGACAAUCGUGAUUCCUAAUCAGUGAAAUCAUCAAAAUGAAGAUUGAGGGCAUAAUGCAUUUCUGUCAGAAAGCUAUGAUCUUCUUUGGGCUCCCCCAAAUUUUGCACCAAUCCUGGUACCUUUCUGGCGAGCUGGGUGGCUUUCUCCCUUUGUCUGCAUCUUGAGCCCUCCUCUCCUCCAGCCUCGCCGUCUGCAGCGCCAGCUGGACCUCCAACACUCGGUACCUUUCUUCCAGGCUUGGACCCGCUCCAGCCCCUGCUUCUCCGGUUCCUGCUGGGUUGCUCAUUAUGCCUUCUCCUGCACAAGCUGCGUUCAAAGACUGUCGGAAUGCUGUGAUGGGAUUAUGAGCUGCUUGUGCGUAAAAUCGUAUUCCCUCAGAGUUUGUUCAAGUCCACAAACCUCUGUCUGUGACUGAGCCCCUCUGACAUGGCUCCUCUUAGUCACUAGAAGAUUCCGACAGUGGUUGCUUUCGUAAUCGCUUCCAACAUAAAAGCUCCUUAACGGAAACACGUCUUCUGGACUCUCUGCGUGACAGUUUCCGGCGAGGAGUGGGUGUCGCUACAGGAGGUCCGGAGACCUCACCACUGUUUUCGCUGGAAGUAUCUCUGAGCCAUCCCCCCCAGCUCCCUUUCCCUCAGUUCAGCUUCUCUCCCCCUGCUGGUUUCCUCUUCAGCUGCUAAGUCUCUUCCAACCUGUCUGAGCCCUUUCACCUCCCUCAGUUCAGCUUCUCUCCCCCUGCUGGUUUCCUCUUCAGCUGCUAAGUCUCUUCCAACCUGUCUGAGUCCUUUCACCUCCCUUCCUACCGAUGGCAGUUCCCUGACAACAGGUUAUUGACAUCUCUCAUAUACUGGGGUGCCAGCUUUCUUCUUUAUCUGAUGAUCAAGAACUGUCAUUGAGGAGAUGCAAGUUAUGUCACCCUCCCAGGCUCCGGUCUCCCAUUGCAUCACUUCUGUCUGCCUCAUUUCAUUUGUCUGUGCUUUCUCAACCAGCAAUGAUUGCUGCCUUCCUGGUUAUAAUUGUGUACAGUAAUGUCCCAGUUAAGCUGUCUUAUUUUAUACUCUGCAUUCCUAAUCCACCCACCACAGUGUGAAGAGUAGAGGAGAUGCCACUUAAUUUAACUGUGAUUAUUUACACUUGUUUUGUUUACUUGCUUGAUUUCUAGUCUGCCUUUUGAUCCGGAAGGAUCCCAAGUGGCUUACUUAAAAUAAUGCAACAACAUUAGGUUUGCUUCUUCCAUUUCUGGCACAUGGUAUUGCUCUCUGGUAGUAUGUCUUCCCUUCUACCUAAGGCUGCAAGUCAAGGGCAGAGAUGGAUGAACCAGCCCUAGCUGAGCAGAUAUGUAAUCUAAACGUUUAAUAUUUUUAACAUGUAAUUUAAACAUUUAAUGUGUUUGCCGGCGCAGAGGUGUUGAGUACCAAAUUUAAAAAUGCCACUGUCUAAAGCUUUGUGUUUGUGUUCCACAACAUUUUCAUGCUCUGAGGUCAUGGAUGUUUGGCAAGCAGUGUACACAUCCACAGCCGUAUACAGUGGUACCUCAGGUUACAGACAUUUCAGGUUACAGACGCUUCAGGUCACAGACUCCACUAACCUAGAAAUAGUACCGUGGGUUAAGAACUUUGCUUCAGGAUGAGAACAGAAAUCAUGCGGUGGUGGCGUGGUGGCAGCGGCAGGAGGCCCCAUUAGCUAAAGUGGUGCUUCAGGUUAAGAACAGUUCAGGUUAAGAACGGACCUCCAGAACGAAUUAAGUUCUUAACCUGAGGUACCACUGUAUAUUCUUUAAAUUUAAGAGUAUCUUUGUAAUGUAUUUUGUUAUUCUUUUACUCUACCUCUCCUAAAAUAUAGAAAAAUGCACGAAUAGCAGCCGAGAAGCAUUACUCCGGUAUUCUUCGAGAGCUGGGACUAUGUGAAGAGUUUGUUUCAAAGAAAGGUGAAACAGCUACAGAAAUGCUUUUGCAGGACCAUUCCAGUGGUGGCUCUGACAUUUUGACAGCAGACGGUGAAAGGUAAAUACUGCCAGUGGUUGCCAUAGAUCAGGAUGGGCAACUUGUGGCCUUCCAGAUGUUGUUGGACUCCAACUGCCAGCAACUGCCCAGCCAAGGUGGCCAAGGAUCAAGGAUGAUGGAAGCCGUGGUCUAAAAAAAUUGGGAGGGAUGCAGAUGCCCCAUCCCUGCCCUAGAUGUUUUAAGAGGGAGACUGACAACUUUAAUCUCAAACUGCCCCUUUUGUUGUAGCUUAUUCUAAUAGCACAGAGCUCUAAAAUCCAAAGCCUCAUGUCCAUGUGGUAUGUCUGUGCCUCCUCUCUGGAGAGAGACUUAAAUCUCCAUUGGGUGACAGCAUCAUGUGAGUCAGCAUCGACUUCCCUUCCCUCGUUUUUCCUCUGCUAUCCCAGUCUGGUCUAGUGGGUUCCCCAACUCUCCAGAGCACAUUUGGGGGGCAUGCAGGGAACUAAAUGGGAGAUGGUGGGAGAUCUGUCCUGCCAGCUGUGGUCAUUCUACUGGCAGAUGGACACUGUUGGAAUUUCACCCAUUGAAAAGAAUGUGAAAAUAUUCACCGCCCUUAUACCUGCAGUUGAUUGGUGGAUUGAUGAAUUGGUGGUAAAAGUACUCAAAGUAAAGCAAACUGCCAAAACCCAAAAGUCCACGGAUGCUUCCUCUAUCUGGGAUUAUGCUAAGUGUGCAUUUCCCUUUUUACUCAGUUAUUAGGUUAUUACAUCAGAACUGCAAGAACUGGAAUGGGCAAGGUAAUCAAGCAGCCAAGAGGUUUUAUUUGCAGCUUUAGGAAGAUCAACAGCAGACUUGGAGCUCUCUAGUGGACAUGACAAUAGCUGCCCUUAUUUUUCAGGAGUGUUCCCUAGAAUGGAGGGGCUGUGAGGCCACCCCCUGAACCAUCCCAUAUAUACGAAUCAUGUUGGAACAUUAGUAAUUUUAGCUUGAUAGCUUCUAAUUGAGCUGACCUAGCUGGGCUUGUGGCUGAUUAUUCUUUGGAGACUGACUGGCACUUAUAGCUAGAGCUAGGUCCAUGAGUAUGAGGACCAACCACAUGCAUGGCUCCAAUAUCGGAGUGCUGAUUUUAAAAACAAGGCUAUUCUGUAUAUUGCUUCACACAGAAAGCAGGCUGUUUGGAGACUUGCUUCAGGAUGUCCUCAAGAAAGGACACAGUGAUGGUUUUAUCACUUACUGUCUUCUUACAGUCAAGAUGGAGAAGGGCAGGCAUUUAGACUUUGCAUGCUGCUCCAGGAUUCUUUGUUCUUGUGGGCUUACGAUCCAUUUCAUCUGGGGGACAGUGGUCUUCUGUACCAGUGCACCCUUUGAAUAUACGUGCAUGGCAGCCUGAUGGCUUCUUUGUUCAUGAGGCAUUCUGAGAUUGAUGGUUUUGUCUCUGCAGAUGCCUCCUUUGAGGGUAUCUGGGAGGGUUCAGGGCACAUGGGCGGGGGGAAGGAAAAGUGAGAGGACCUGCUGCACAAAGCAUAAAUCCUUGCACUGAUGGAUCUGUGACUUAGUGCUGCAUUGGAUGCAAGCCAUAAUGCUACACAAGUUGAAACUAAAUUUUACAAUGCAAUAACAUUGUCACCAGUGCAAUAACACGAAAUCACGCCAGUUGACAAAUUUGAAAAUAGCUCCUUAUGGCUGUGAUCUGAUUGGGUCAUAAUAUGUAUUCAGCUGUUCUUCAGAGGAUGCCAAUGGGCAGUGGUUUUCUUCUGUUUCUCCUGUAGUGAUAAUGAAAAUAAAGCAGGAGAUGGAGAAUCUGAGAGAGAAUGGGAGAGCUCACAGCUCCAUUCUGCCCAGUCUUGUGGAGAGGAGGAUGGUGAUGAGGAGGAUGUGGAAGCCUCUGAAGAGGAGGUGGACAUGGAAGCUCAGCCAGAUGACGAUGGCCAGGAGGCUCCUGAGUAUGAAAGUGAAAACAAUGAACAAGCUGCCACAGAAAAAUCCAGUGAUGAUGAAGGCUAACUGAAAUGCAUGUUGUGUGGGUUUUUGUAUUUUGAAUUUAUUCUGUUGCUCCAAAUAAUAUAAGAGAUGGAGAAAAUGAGACAACUGGUGCAAAUAGAGUUUUGAAGCAUUUUUAAUGUGCUGAUCAGCUGUGAGUUUUCAACUGGCUUAUUUUAUUUAUUAAAUUUGUAGACUGCCCUAUAUCUGCAAGUCUCAGGGUGGUUCCCAGGAUAAAAUCAAUAUAAAACCACAAAAUUCACAAUCAAAACAAAAACAACCCAGUAAUCCUCACCCCACAUUUUAAAAAGGCAUAGGAUGUCAACCAACCAAAGGCCUGGUUAAAGAGGAAUGUUUUUGCCUGGCACCUAAAGGUGUAUAAUGAAGGCCCCAGGCAAACCUUCCUGGACAGAGCAUUCCUCAGAUGGGGAGCCACUGCAGAAAAAGCCUGUUCUCGUGUUCCCACCCUCUGGAUCUCGUGGAGGAGGCACACGAAGAAGGGCCUCAGAAGAUGAUCUCAGGGUCUGGGUAGGUCCAUAUAGAAAGAGGUGGAUCUUUGAAGUAUUGUUGUCCUGAGCCGUUUGGGGCUUUAUAGGUUAAAACCAGCACUUUUAAUUGGGCCCAGAAACUAAUUGGUAGCCAGAGCAGUUGGACCAGGAUUGGUGUAAUAUGCUCAAACUGUCUUGCCCCAGUGAGCAACCUGGCCGCUGAAUUCUGCACUAGCUGAAGUUUAUGAACUGCCGUCAGAGGCAGCCCUACAUAUAAUGCAUUGCAAUAAUCCAGCCUAGAGGUUACCAGAGCAUAGGCAACAGUAGUUAGGCUAUCCCUGUCCAGAUAGGGGCAUGGCUGGGCCACCAGCCAAAGCUCAUAAGCUCUCUGGCUCUCUGGGCCACUGAAGCCACCUUUCAUUUACUCCUUUUAUUAUAAAAAGCAAAGGUAGCUGUGUUGGUCCCUAAGGGGAAAAACCCCCUCCAAAAUCUACAGUUUGCAAUACCUUAUUAGGACAAAUCGAAAUAUCACAAAGCAGUGGCAAGCAUUUGUGUUUUCCAAAAUUCUUAAUCAGGCAAGAUAUUACAUAGAGCAAGGGCAGGGGAAUGAGGAAAAAUAAGCAAGUAUAAAGUAUAUAGAUUUUAGUAGAGGUGUGCAUCAGCUGUGUGUAGAGGCUGAAUAACAAGGUGAAUUAGGCUGAUUUGAGGUAUCCCCCCAAGUUGAAGCACAAUGUAUGUAAUCCCCCUUUUCAAAACUGGGUAAGUGCUCCCGCAAGGCCAUGUGAUUUUCUGCUUGUUUUGUACAGAAUAGUUCUGUUUUUUUGUAUAUCUCUCUUUCUCUAGGUCCAUGGGCUUUGUAAAACACGAGACUGCUAAAAAUGUUGCUUGUAGAGCCCUGAAGAGAUUUGGAUUGAAUUUUGUUAAAGCACAGCAGCAGAGGAUACUUUUUAAAAGUUAAAAUUUACAUCUUUUUCAUAAAUUCUUUGCUGCCCCGCUUUAAUCAAACCAAAAGAAAUCUCUCCAGGCCAUUUUCUAGAGAGCCUCUUAUUGUGAGGCCUGUAUCAGACGUCUGAAGGCCUACCUUGGAGGACACAAACAGCCACAGGAAAAUUUUUUUAAAUGUAGAAGCAAGAAUACACAUCACAUGGACCUUCUAUUUAUUGUUUUAAGAUAAGAAAGAGCAAGAGACAGUCCCCUUUGAAAAGAUGCAACUGCUAUGGAUUUGGGUGUUUUAGUUGGCCUACUGAAGUCAUUGCCCUAAUAUAGAUUAUGAAGGAAAGUUACAGCACAAACUCCAACUGGACAGGCUUUGUCUGCAAUUUGGCUGCCUUAAUCCACUCUGGAGAAGGCCAGUUAUGCCUCUGUAUUUUGUCUGCUUUGGCCAAAGGUGGGGGGGGGGGCAAGUCCUAGGUAUUUUUUGAUUCUACACCAUAGAGCUCUGUUUUAUAGAAUGCAGCUUGGAAUCCAAAACAUAGAUUGAAGUGAUGAGAGCACAGAGUAUGGCAGGAACAGAGAGAAAUUACAUAUAGAUUCAAAGCAAAUCUUGGGCUCUGUGGACAGCCUUAGCUUUCAGACAGUGUUCCAGGGUAGAGAUUGCAAACUGGUAAGUCUCUCUUCAGUGCUGUAGGGAAUCAGGUUUUGCAUUUAGGAUUCUGGGACAAACAAGCAAUGGCUGUUCUGCGUGUGUGUGUUCUAUUUAUUUCAUAAAAUUUAUAUACCACUUGUUUGGGGGGGAAAACCAACAACCCUCAAACAGAAAUGCGGCAGUCUAAAUGUUAGUAAAACUACAGAUUAAUUUUAAGUGAUACUUUAAGUAAAUGAGUCAAUUGAAGCCCAAACUAUUGCAUAGUGGUUGAAGGGGGUGUCACUCUCAGAAUGCAAAGUUCUUCUAUGAGUGGUAAAAAUCAUCUCCCUCUGGAUAUACAUUUUGCCCUGAAGCUUGCAGAAGCAAUGGAAGCUUCUGGUCCACAAGAACCCCACACCCACCAUUGGGCAAUGUUUUCCAUUAGGAAGCACAGCCCUACAGCGCCACCUGGUGUUACAUGUUUAUAACAAUAAAAUGGAUGAAUGCAGCUGAGUCCCAUGUGAAUCAGUGCAGCAGAGCUUAGAAGUGGGGAAAGUUGCCAAGAGCUGUACUUCUGAUUAUUGCCAAGAUUCAUCUCUAAGAUACAAAUACUAGAUUGGUAGCAUCUGUGAACACUUGUUACUUCAAAACAUAGUUGUACCCUGUUAUUGUCAUUUUUUAAUAGUUUCUAACUUUUAUUUAUUCUGUCUUCGCUAUUCCUUUCCAUCUGAAGAAAUUUCAGAUCGCAAAUUAGAUCACCACACAAUAAUUUUAUUGAGUGAGUGGUAUGGCAUGCGCUAUGACAAUAACUGAGGUGGUACCUAUACGUUCGGUCCUAGGGCUUGCCUAAGAUUCCUUUGCUACAUCAUUUAUCAAAUUAUUUCUACGUCACAUUUUGGGGCACAGUCCAAUCAGGUGGCUCACAGUAUAAUAUCAAUAUGGACUCAUCCUUUGAAUUUUCAAAAUGUAGGUUUACUGUUCUGUAAAGGGGUUGUGAAAAUGAUACUUUCCUCAGCAGUCAUGAAUCUCAGUAUAGUGAUAACAUCUUUAUACUAAAAGUGUUUUGAGUGUGAUGAGGAAAAUAUAAAAAGUACAAAAAUUAGGUUGCAGCCAAUAGGUUACUUUUUAAUUAUAGUUGGAAAAACAAAAUGACUUAAUAUGUGUAGCAGUAAAUGCUUAGCUCAGGGGUCGCCAGUGGUACUGUAGAUCUCCAUAAAUAUCUCUUCAAAAAUCCUCAGUACAGAAGAACUUGUUCUUCCUACUCAGUUCCUGUUCGCAUUGGCUCACCCUCCCCCCCACUGAACAUGCCCCCAUUUCAUCUGUUUUGAACAGAGGAGAGGUACAAAUAGCUUCCUUCUGAGAGCAGGUGUGGCAGUGGCUGGUCUAGUUGCCUUGCAGAUUGCCCCAUCACUUUGUGGUCCUGUCUCUCAGAUGCAGUAGCAAUGGCAUCCCCCCCCCCCCGUGGCAGCCAUUUUGUGUUAUUCCACACUUCUGUGGCAAUCCUUUUGUAUUAUACCACAUCUCCAUGGCAACCCUGUUCAUAGGAUCAUAGCAUUGUGGAGCUGGAAGGGACCUCAAGGCUCAUCCAGUCCAGCCUCCUGUAAUGCAGGAAUCACAUCUAAAGAGUCCUUGACAGGUAACCAUCUAAUCUCUGCUUCAAAUGAAUGAGUGUCCACCACCUUCCAGGGAGUCUGUUGCUAUAUGCCAGUAAGACAUUUUCUCAAAAUUUCCUCAAAUAUGGCCACUGGCCCCAAAGAAUUGGCAAACUGCGUCUUAAACAGACAUAGCAUGCAAACUGCUCAUUUUUUAUUUAUUCAGAUAAGAUUUCAUCAGUUACUCCAAGAGUUCCCCAGGUCUCAAUGCUAGUCUACUAUCAGGAAAUCUGAACGUUUUAAACCUCUGCUUAUAAUGUGGCUUCUUUAAAAUUCAAAAGGACUUUUGCCAUUGAUUCAGCAUCGUGUGGCUUAAUCAGUGUUGCAUUGAUGCAUUACUUUAAAUAUAUACAGCAUUUCAAAAAUAAAACUUUCUUACUGUUACAGUGUUCCUAAACAUGUUAAAAACGCAAUAGUAAUAUCAGACAUACAUUGGUUAUUAAAUAAUUAUAUGAAAAUGCUGAGUACAGUGAAACAGCUUCUCUUGAUUUCAUUGAGAAGGUUACACUGGUUAAACUUGUAUCUGGGGUCCUUAACUUGUGGUCCAUGGAUGGGCUUGAGAGGGUCCAUGAACUGGGCAGAAAAGCAAUGAUUUUCCAAUGCAAUAAAAUAAAUUGAAUGU